AUGCCCGGCCUGCCGCGCGAUUUUGCGGCCUUCGGCGCGCCGUUCCAGAACCACUACGCCGGGCUCGACUCGGCCGCGCUCGGCUACGCCGACGCCUCGCCCUUCGACUCGUUCCACUUGCCCCAGGAGCUCCAGGGCGGCAUCGGCAACAUCUCCUCGCGCCGGCCCAGCUACGCCGCAGAGUCCUUCACCCGCAGCGGGCCGGCGGUGGCCGCGUCCCCGCCCAACCUACCGGCCACGUCCAACAAGAACUCGUUGGCGUCGUUCGCGGCCGCCAACAACUACUCGCGGAACUACGCCCCGAACGCGGGCUACGACCUGCUCAUGGACUCGUUCGGCAACUUCUCCCUCAACUCCAACCUCUCGGACUUCCAGGCCCGCCGCGCGUCGCAGUUGGUGGACUUCCAGCCGGCCCAGCAGGGCUACUACGGGCCCCCGAUGGACGCCGCGCCCCAGCCGGGCGGCUUCCUGCCCUACGCGGGCGCAGGCCCCAGCGCCGCCCGGGCGCACGCAGACCCGCACCUGGCCGCCGGCUUCCCCCACAUGGGCCAGCCGUUCCACGCGGUGAACGCGCAGCAAAACUACCCGAUGAAACUCGACAACAAGCUCAUGUUGAAGAACAAGCACAUCCUCUCCACGGCCGAGUUGAAGGCGCUGUACGCGUCCGUGUCGCGCUACUACCAGGACACGGGCAUCUGCCAGGGCAUCGUGCGCGAGCUCCACGCGUUGUUGCGCAACCAGGCGGCGUUGAACUUGGUCGCGUUCAUCAAAAACCUCAACAACCUCAACAUCCAGCACAAGAUGCUCUGCUUGGUGAUCAACAAGAACGGCAAGUUGGACCUUCUUUCCUACCCCAACAACUCCAACAUCUUUCUCCAGAACGGGGACAUGGUAGUCGUUGACGGCGACCGCGGCAAGGACUUGGUCAUGGUCUUGGAGCCCUUGGUCCUGAUAGACAUGGCCAUUCUCUUCAACUUCUUGAAGAAAAUCGAGCAUUUGCGCUCGCUCACCAUCGUGGACAGCCAGGGCAGCUCGUCCGUCAAAAACAGUCUUUCGUCAGGCACGCACUCCACUGACAUGGACGCCUCCGCCAUAGUGAACACCCAUCUGACCGACGACAACGAGUUCAUCAUCAACUUGCCGACCAAGCAGGUGCUCCGCUUCGCCACUCCGAAGGAGAUACAAAAGCUCAGCAGCAAGUUCCUAGAGGAGAAGAAGGCCUUCGUCACGUGCUUCAACAAGAUCAAGGAGUUGAACCUCAGCCACGCCUUGACCUUGGUCAAUGUCGAGUACCAGUUUGACUUCAAGAAGUUGAUCUUCUACUACUUUGCCAAUUUCAAGCGCAUCGACUUCCGCGACUUGAUCAAGGAAUUAUUCAAGAUCUACAAGACGCGGAUCUGGCUCUGCGCGGUCUUGCCCUAUGACCAGCCAGAACUCUACACCAAAAACAAAUCCGGCUUUCCUGACGCCAACUUGGCCACUGGAAAAAUCCCGCAAGAGUACGACUUGACCACAGAAAAAAUUAUGACGUUUUCCAUAGAAGACUUCAACAUGAUCCCCUCCCCUAGCUACUUCCAUCUGCGCAACAUGGCCAACUUGGUUGACAACUUGAAAGAAGAUGUCAAGGGCAAAUUCUACGGGUUUAACAAAGGCCCCGCCUCUGCUGGAGCCCCCGCGCCCGAAAAACGCCGCGGCUCUUAUGUGAUCCAGCCAAGCUUCGAUCCUUUUGGCGAGUCAACACAACGCUGA